AUGGCGGCGGCCGGGCCGGGCCGGGCUUCCCUGGGAACGGCCCGGAAUUCCCUGGGAACGGCCUGGAAUUCUCCGGGAGCGGCCCGGAGUUCCCUGCGGAUGCUCCGCGCGCUGCUCGUGGCCGCGCUGGCGGCGGGGGCUGCUCCCUCUUUUCCAGCCUCGCUGAGCGGGAACACGGGCGUGAUCCACGUGGUGGAAAAUGAGGAAGACCUGGAAUGGCCGCUCUCCAAAGGGCCCAAUCCCCCCUACAUGAUCCUGCUGGACGGGAAUCUCUUCUCCAGGGAGGUUUUGAUGAUGCUGAAGGAGAAUUCCCGGAUUUCUGGCCUGGCCGUGGCCCCUGCCUCUCGCGCCCCUCUCCAAGGAUUUUCCCCGGGAUUGAAAUGUCCCAAUGAUGGAUUUGGUGAGGAAAAUACACCGGGAUUUCCCGGCAAGACAGGAACACGAAACAAACACGAGAUUUUCCCCGGAACGAGUUUCCCAGCUCUUAUCCCGUGUUUUUCCCGGCAGUGUUUCCUGGCUCACAACGUGCCGGGCGCGGGCGGCGCGGCGCCGCCGUUCCCGCUGUGCGCGCUGCAGCUGCAGGCCCACAUGCACGCCGCCGCCAGCACGGCCACCUGCAUGCGCCGCAGCUCGCUGCAGAGCGCCUUCAGCAUCAACCCCGGUGCGCAUUCCCAUUCCUUAUCCCGCUUUUCUCACCUGCUUCCUGGGAAUUCUCCCCCUUCCAGCCCUGUUUUCCUUUUAUUCCGGCUCCUGCAGUGGUUCCCUCCCUUCCCGUGUCCUCCUGGUGAUCCAUUCGUGGCCUCUUGCCCGUUGUUCCCAUUCCCGCUGUUCCCGCUGUUCCCAUUGUUCCCAUUCCCGCUGUUCACAUUGUUCUUUCCCGCUGUUCCCGCUGUUCCCAUUAUUCCCAUUGUUCCCAUUGUUCUCAUUGUUCCCAUUGUUCCCAUUUUUCCCAUCCCCAUUCCCAUUGUUCCCGCUGUUCCCAUUCCUGCUGUUCCCAUUGUUCUUUCCCGCUGUUCCCAUUCCCGCUGUUCCCGCUGUUCCCAUUGUUCUUUCCCGCUGUUCCCAUUGUUCCCAUUGUUCUUUCCCGCUGUUCCCAUUGUUCUUUCCUGCUGUUCCCAUUCCCGCUGUUCCCGCUGUUCCCAUUGUUCCCAUUGUUCUUUCCUGCUGUUCCCAUUCCCGCUGUUCCCGUUCCCGCUGUUCCCAUUCCCGCUGUUCCCGCUGUUCCCGCUGUUCCCAUUGUUCCCGCUGUUCCCAUUGUUCCCGCUGUUCCCGCUGUUCCCGCUGUUCCCAUUCCCGCUGUUCCCGCUGUUCCCACUGUUCCCAUUCCCGCUGUUCCCGCUGUUCCCGUUCCCGCUGUUCCUGCUGUUCCCAUUCCCGCUGUUCCCGCUGUUCCCAUUCCCGCUGUUCCCGCUGUUCCAGGUCCGGGCUCUCGUGGCCGCUCUCGGUGUCGCCGCCUCCGGCUCCGGCGUCUCCGUGCGGGAACCGGGAUUCUCCCGGCCCCUCCCCCCCUCGGCAUUCCAGAGGUUCCUGCGGGCCCGGAGCAUCCCGGGGGUGCUGCUGAGCGACCACCGGGAGCAGUUCCACAACAGGUAUUUCGAGAGCAUUUACGACACGGCCGAGAACAUCGGGCUCCGUUAUCCCGAGGGAUCCAGCCCCGAGGAGCAGCUGGAAUUCGUCUCCGACACCGCCCGGGCGCUGGCCCAGGUGGGGACGCUGCUGGCCCGGACGCUCUUCUGGUGGGCCGGAGGCACCGAGGGAGCCGAGAGCAUCCAGGCUGAUCCCAAAACGGUGGGAAUGGCGGGAAUCCCGGAAUCCUGGGAAUCCUGGGAAUCCUGGGGGUCUGGGAAUGCCGGGGAUCCCAGGAAUCCUGGGGAUCCACAAGUGUCCUGGGAUCCCCGAUUUCCCUGGAAUGCCGGAUUUGAUUUUCAAAUCCUCAAUUCCCAACCCCCCCAAUCCCAAUUCCCCCUCCCCAAUCCCGGAUUUCCUCACUCCCUCUCCCGGAAUUCCGGUGUUUUCCAGCUGCUGACGCUGCUCCUGGGGCUCCUGGUGCUGCUCCUGUCCCUCCUCUUCACCUUCCUCAUCAGCUCCCGGGCCCAGCUCCUCUUCGGGACCCCCCCCGGCCCCUCUGGAUACUGAAAAUCCGGGAAAAUCCGGGAAAACUGCCAGGAAAAUCCGGGAAAAUCCAGGAAAAACCAGGAUCGGCCUCGGGAAUCCCCAGGAAACGGCGCCUGGGGGGAAUUCCUGGAAUUCUGGGUUGGAUCAAUGCCCUGAGAGGGGAAUUCCCGGAAUUCCGGGUUGGAUUCUCUGCUCUGGAUGGGAAAUUCCC